GCAGUGCUCCUCUCCUCUGUGGGACAGAAGAUGGACAAACAGAUGGAAUAAAGCAGUGAGAGGCACCAGAACUUUCCUUUUUCUGUCGAGAGCUUUCAGUGAAGACGAGUAGAGCAACAGAGUCAGGUAUGAGAGCAUGUCGGUAUCGCCGCUUGCAGGGUAUGUGUGCCUUGUUGCUGUGUGUGUCGUUGGUUCUGCACAUGCUGGUGGCUUCGUUCAUCCUGUCUUUAUACCCCCCAUCCUGCAAGUCCCCUCAGCCCCCCGGCUGUCAGCCAUACACCAACCUGACCUCCACCAGCCUGACCCACUCUGAGAGACGAGGAGCACACGAGGAGCAUGUGGAGGUGAUGGACCUCUCCAGCCUGGAGGCUCUGUUCUCUCACCCGCUGUAUAACCUGCACCUUCCCCCCUCUCCCGACGAGGACUGGCUGCUGAAGGUCCGAACGAAGGGGUCAGAGGAGCAAAAUGCAGCGCAGUGGAUAAGUAACAGCAAGGAGGGCUACGACCACAUCGACUGGAACAGCAGUGCAAACACCCACCCGUCCUGGCUCCAGUUCCAUCUGGGCAUCUCCCGCUGGCAGCUGUACCAGCACAGAGACGACAACCUGCCUGUGCUCCUUAAGCAGAUAGCAACCAGCCGCAUCGUCAGUGCAGUUCAGAAGACAGGAGGAACCCAGCUCAAGUUGGUGAUGACGUUCCCGAACUACGGACAGGCUCUUUUCAAGCCUAUGAAACAACAGAGGCACGAGGAGACCAAUGUGAACCUGUACUAUUUCUCGGACUUUGAGAGGCACAAUGCUGAGAUCGCAGCUUUUCACCUGGACAGGAUUCUUGGUUUUAGACGGGUUCCUCCAGUCGUCGGAAGGCUGAUUGACGUCAUUAAAGAAAUUAAAGAUGUAACUACAGAUCAUAAAUUGGCCCGGACCUUCUUCAACUCCCCAGUGGGGAACACGUGCUUCUACGGCCAGUGCUCGUACUACUGCUCCACAGAGCACGCUGUGUGUGGUCGACCGCAGGCUCUGGAAGGCUCCCUGGCUGCCAUGCUGCCUGACCUGACCCUGGCCCCCCGCCGCUCAUGGAAAAACCCCUGGAGGCGCUCUUACAGCCGCAGCAAGCUUGCACUGUGGGAGAACACCCCAACAUACUGCAAUGCUGUAAAAAAGACUCCGCCCUACGACCGAGGAACAAGACUGGUGGAUCUCAUAGACAUGACCAUCCUGGACUUCCUGCAGAGUAAUAUGGACAGACACCACUAUGAAACGUUUGAGAUUUUUGGCAACAACACAUUCCUCCUACACUUGGAUAAUGGGAGAGCGUUUGGUCGAUACUCUAAGGAUGAACCCUCCAUACUCACCCCUCUGGUUCAGUGCUGCAGAAUUCGUCGCUCGACUCUUCUGCGUCUGCGUCUGCUUUCCCUCCCUCAUUACCGCUUGAGUGACAUGAUGCGGACCUCCCUGUCCCAGGACCCUCUGUUCUCUGUGGCCCCCUUGCUGGCGGAACCACACCUCUCUGCGUUAGACCGUCGCUUAGCAACAGUACUUAAGACCAUCCAGCAUUGUCUGAAUCAGCAGCACAAUGAUGUCAUUUAUGAUGACAUUCCUGACUAUUCAGACUAGGAGGGUUCCUUGUGGAUGAAGGCUUGGUGACACAGUUCUGCAAAAAAAGAUUAAAAAAAUUAUUAAUCCACAGUCUUGUGGGGCUCUAUGAAAAA